AUGUCUAUUGGAGGUUCUAUUCUCGUUGGUAAUAAAAAUAUUGAUGGUAAUUUUGUAGAAGAUCGUAAUGAGCAACAUUUUGAAGGCCUUGAUUUUAGAAUUAAAAUCGAAACCCUGCCCAAUGAAGAUUAUAGUGCAAGAUUAUUUUUUAUAAAUAAAAAUGAUGAUAAUGAAAUUCCGAUUCCUGAUGGGAUAGUUUGUAAAGAUGUUACACUUAGAAACGAAGUCAUCAAAUACCCAUUACCUUUAACUAAUUAUUUUUUAAUUAAUCAUCCUCUCAAAUAUCAAAUAACCUAUAAGGGUGAAAAGAUAUAUCAACUAAAUUCUGAAAAAAAGAUAGUAGUGCAUAAUUUUAAAAAAAAACAUAAGGAUAAGGAUAUGGUGGAUCUAAUUAAAAAUCUAAAAUUAGAAGAUAAAUAA